AUUGAAUGUGACAUUUAUCAGUCAUUUAUUAUUAUUAUACAGUAUUUAUAUAGCACCAAAAGUUUGCUCAGCGCUGUACAUUAUAGUGGGGGACAGAACAUGAGACAAUACCAGGGGCGGACUGACCAUUUGGAAACUCGGGAACUGCUCGAGGGCCCGGGAUUCCCCUGGUACCUUUUUCAUAGGCUUUUUUGAGUUUGGGCAAGGACACAGGGGUCCCAUGAUCCCCUAUUGCCCGGGGG